AUGGCGGCCGGGGCGCCCGGCGCGGCCCUGACCCUCUGCCUCUGGCUGGCGGCCUCCGGAGGCUGCCUGGCGGCCGGCUCCGGCGCGACCGCUGCCCGGCGCUUGGAUGAGUCGCUGGCGGCCGGGAGCGUCCAGCGCGCCCGCUGCGCCUCCAGGUGCCUCAGCCUGCAGAUCACGCGCAUCUCCGCCUUCUUCCAGCACUUCCAGAACAAUGGUUCCCUGGUUUGGUGCCAGAAUCACAAGCAAUGUUCAAAGUGCCUGGAGCCCUGCAAGCUGUCCUGGGACCUGCGGAAGCAGCAAUGCCAGAGCUUCUGCGAGUCUCUGUUCCCCAAGAAGAAUUACGAGUGCGUGACCAGCUGUGAGUUCCUCCAGUACAUCCUGUCGGUGAAGCAGGGGGACUGCCCCUCCCCGGAGAAGGCCAGCGGGUUUGCCGCCGCCUGCGUGGAGAGCUGCGAGGCGGACGCCGAGUGCUCCGGGGUGAAGAAGUGCUGCCCCAAUGGCUGCGGGCACACGUGCCAGCUGCCCAGGACUCUGUACAAAGGUGUCCCCCUGAAGCCCAGGAAGGAGUUGAGGUUCACGGAACUGCAGUCUGGGCAGCUGGAGGUCAAGUGGUCCUCGAAGUUCAACGUUUCCAUUGAACCCGUGAUCUAUGUGGUGCAGAGAAGGUGGAAUUAUGGGAUCCAUCCCAGUGAAGACGACGCCACGCCGUGGCAGACCGUGGCACAGACCACGGACGAGCGGGUGCAGCUGACGGACGUCCGGCCCAGCAGAUGGUACCAGUUCCGCGUGGCGGCCGUCAACGUGCACGGGACCCGAGGCUUCACCGCCCCCAGCAAGCACUUCCGCUCCUCCAAAGAUCCGUCCGCACCCCCGGCCCCAGCCAACCUCCGGCUGGCGAACUCCACCGUCCACAGUGACGGAAGCGUGGCCGUGACCAUCGCGUGGGAUGUCCCCGAGGAACCAGACAUCCCAGUGCACCACUACAAAGUCUUCUGGAGCUGGACGGUCAGCGGCAAGUCCCUUGUGCCAACCAAGAAGAAGAGGAGGAAGACCACAGAUGGGUCUCAGAACUUGGUGACCCUGGAGCCGCUGCAGCUGGGCUGCGACUACACUGUGGAGCUGCAAGCCAUCGCGUACUGGGGCCAGACGCGCCUCAAGAGCGCCAAGGUGUCCCUGCAGUUCACGUCUGCGCAUGCCGCCCACAACAAAGAACAGCUCGGGAAAAGUAGAAAGAGUGUGAUGCACACGCAGCCUCCCCUUCAGAGACGCCGGCCCGCUCGUCUCCUGGAAGUCGGGGCUCCGUUCUUCCAAGACAACCAGCUACAAGUCAAGGUCUACUGGAAGAAGACCGAAGAUUCCGGUGUCGGACAGUAUCACGUGGAGUGGUUUCCGGAAGUCUGCGCCCACAAUGAAUCCGCCAGGCUGGAGGCGUCCUCGGCCGUGACCCAGGAAAACUACAUGAUUCUUCCAGACCUGUCGUUCUCCUGCAAAUACAAGGUGAUCGUGCAAGCCGCACGGCCCCUGGGCCGCUGGAAGGCGGAGAGCGCGUCCUUCACGACCCCGCCAUGCUCCGCGCUCAAGGGGAAGACCCACAAGCACUUCAGCUGCCCCGGCGUGGAGGAGGGUACUCACGUGCGCCCCAAAGUGCAGGCCAAGCCCGAGAACCUGUCCGCCUCCUUCGCGGUGCACGACGCCAACAUCACAGGGCACUUCUCCUGGACGGUGAGCAAGGCGGGCCUGCUGCGGCCGGCCACCGGCUUCCAGGUGACCUGGGCCGAGGUCACCACCGAGAGCCGGCCCAACAGCCUCCCGAACAGCAUCAUCUCACAGUCCCAGAUCCUGCCCGCGGAUCACCCAGAGCUCUCGGUCCCGGGUCUGCGGCCCGCCACUCUCUACCGCCUGGAGGUGCAGGUGCUGACCGCGGGCGGGGAGGGGCCCGCCACCAUCAGGACCUUCCGGACGCCCGACGUGCACCGCCCCCAUCUGAAACACCGCCAUCCCCACCACUACAAGCCACCUGCAGAAAGGUACUGA